AGAUGCUCGCGGAUCGCGCGCCGCCACGCCCCUCCGUCGCCGGCGUUGACCCGCAGUCCACCUUCCCCAUCUUUCGCUCCCUCUCUCCACCCGUCGCGCUCUCGCGGCAUCCCAUUGAUCCACGGCUACUCUCGCUGAUCAUCAAACAUCUUCUGCUCCAACAAGGAUAUCUUCCUCCGCGAGCUCAUAUCCGCGCGCUCGGUAUUCGGCGCCGCCCGCGCGUGCGCCUACGACAGCCUCUCCAUGGGCUGGCUCCCGCCCAGCAGCCCCCACUGGCGCGCCCUCCGCAAGCUGUGCUCGGGGGAGCUCUUCGCGCCGCACCGCCUCGACGCGCACCAGUCCAUCCGCCGAGAGAAGGUGCAGCAGCUCGCGUCCCACGUCGCUCGGCUGUCCCGGGAGGGCGCCGCCGUGGACGCCAGCCGCGGCGUGUUCACCACCGCGUUGAACCUGCUCUCCUGCACCAUAUUCUCAGCGGACAUCAUCGACCUCGACGACAGAGAAGGGACAGGGCAGUUCAGGGCCAUGAUCGCAAGCUUCACGGAGGUCGUCGGGCUGCCCAACCUGUCGGACUUCUUCCAUGUGCUUGUCAAGAUCCGAUUCGAGAGCCUGACCGACAAGAGCAAGUUCGACACGCAGCCGAAGCUCUUCAUCCACCUCGCCCUCGUCCCCGACACUCUCAAUCAUCGACAGCGGCGUCGGCAUGACCAAGUCAGCCAGGAGAUCUCAACGCUCACGGUUUCUCUGUCAACAAACACACUGAAAUUCUAUGCUCCACGGAGGUGCUUAAUUACUCCGACGGAUGGGGCAUAAAUAAAUAUUGUGGCUUCAUCUCUAAUACUUACUGUAACUGCUUAGUGUUGAGCUUUUUGACUGUGUGUAUGUGUGAGGGGGAGUUCUGAAUGUUUGCUGCUAACUGACGCCAAGCAAGAAUGCCGAUGCCACUUGCCAAUGAUCUCAGGUUUCUAAAAGUUGGAAGUUGGACAGGCUUUUAAGGCCAUGGCCGAGGCAGAGGAACACGUACCCAUGAAUGGCUCGGUGUUUCACUUAACCACAACCUUGUACUUUCCUCUAGCGUAGUACAGUACAGUACGUGGUAUGGAGGGAAAUCAACUGGCCUCAUGUGUGCUCUGUUUUCUUGCAUAAAUAAAUAGGAGUACUGAAAUCGCUUAAACGGCACUGCUGCUUAAACGACACUGCUGCUUAAUCUGAAACAGUUACAGUUCUCAGUUCAAUAUUUCUGCAUUGUAGUUAUUUGUAUUCUCAUAAAGGCGUGAGGCAUUAAUUGUUAAUUCUUGGGAUGCUUUGUUUGGAUUGAGGUUGGCUCAUAAUUCAUUAAGUUUGAAUAUGAGUUAUUAUAUCUCAUUGAGUUUCUCUCUGUUCUGCUCUGUUCACACUGGACAACUAUUAAUUUCUUUUCAUGUAAAAUGAGAUGACAUGAUGCAAAGCGCAACCUGUACAAUGACAUAUGGAGUAGUGAUUUUCUUACUAACUUUGGAAUAGAUCCAUUGCAUUUAUAUACUAAUCCUAGCCAAAUAUGAAUUCCUUCCACAUUGACAUAGAAAUAACCCAGUUCUGAUUGUUGUUUUGUUUUACUGUGUCCUACUGCCACUGGACAUAAUCUCUUCUACUUGAUUCACUAGCAUAGUUUUGAUCUAGUAUUUACAUUCACUGUACUGUAUAGGUAAUUAGUGCUUCAGCUAUUUCUAAAUCAAAAUAUACUUGCAUUUUUUGUAUCCAACCAUUCACUAUUCUCUAAAUGUCUGCCAGAUAUCUUUGCUAAAUACUGGCCCCUCGCACGAAAUGUUUAGCUUCUCCUUUGGUGGAACAAGUGGUAACCUACUUGCUGCUGGUUCUAGUUCCAAGGUAAGGGAACGGAGAGAGGGGAGCUGCUCCCACUGUGUACAGGACACCAUGGUUGCUCUCACGAGGAGAAGCUGAUGCUACAGGACGCCCUCCCCCCCCCCCCCCCCCCCCCCCCCCCCCCCCCCCCCCCCCCCCCCCCCCCCCCCCCCCCCCCCCCCCCCUCC